AUGUCUUCCUAUUUCGCGAAUAAACCAUCAACCAUUAUUGAUUCAAAAUUAUAUUUAGGUGCUUUUGGACACGCCCGACGAUUGUCAGGUCUUGAAAAAUUAAAUAUCAAAGGAAUAAUCAAUUGUACCACAGAAAUUCCAAAUUAUUUUGAAAAACAUGAUGGAAUGUGUUAUUUGCGAGUGGAAGUGGACGAUCGAGCUCAACAAAAUAUAGCAAAAUAUUUCGAUGAUACUUUUCAAUUUAUUGAACGAAUGAAUGAACAGAAUAAGGCAGUUUUGGUGCACUGUGCUGCUGGAAUUUCUAGAAGUUCAACCAUUUGCAUAGCCUAUCUGAUGCGAAAAUUUAAUAUUACUCUUCGAGAAGCCUUUUUCAUUGUUAAAAAAUCUAGGUCCACAAUUUUACCGAAUGAAGGAUUUUUCAAACAAUUACUUGAACUGGAAAAACAAUUACGAGGAAGCACUAGUUUUGAAGAGAAUGAUUAUUACACACUGAAUGAAAUGAGCAUGAUGUACGUUGGAAAUUUUGAAAAGAAUGAAUUGAACACUGGUCUGUUGCAACAACAAUAA